AUGUCACCAGAAAACACAAUACAGCUCGAAGAAAGAUCAAAUGAAUCUCGAACAAUAUCUGAUGGUGAAAUAAUGAUAAAUUUACAACGAAAACACCUUAAUUCAAUAAAAGAUCCAUUGGUUUUAGAGCUCGCAAUAAAAGCAAAAGACUGCAAAUUGAUUGAACAUUUAUUAGAAAUAAAUUACAACGUAAAUAUAACUUCAAAUUACUGUGAACCGGUGCUUAACUGUGCUAUUAACUGUAACAAUUAUAAUUUAGUUAAAAAAUUAAUACCAAAAGUAGACAUUAACGCUAGAACAAAAGAUGGAACCGCUUUGGCUUUAGCGAUCGCGUUAGAAUAUUACGAUAUUGCUAACUUAUUAAUAUCUGCGGGAGCAAAUGUUAAAGAUCACAAAAAAACAAAUUAUAAUUUAAUUAAUGAAGCGGUUGACUCUGGAAAAUAUGAAAUGGUAAAAUGCCUGAUUAGUCUCGGUUACAAUCUUAACAAUAUCUGCCCGAAAACUGAAGAGACACCGUUGCAAAUAGCGGCUAGAAAAAAUUCUAAAGAAUUAGUCGAAAUAUUAAUUAACAAUAACGCGGAUGUUAAUAGUGAAUUGCAAUGUUCAUUAGCGUCUUUUAUAAAUAGAAUUUUUGGAAAUCGUAAUUUCACAUCUCCGUUACAUUAUGCCGUAGUUAAUAAAAAUAAAGAAAUAGUGUAUAUGUUGCUAAAAAAAGGAGCGAAUAUUGGUAUAAAAUCUGAAUUAUUAGGAUCAGUUGUUGAUAAAGCAAGAUCUAUGAAUUUUAUCGAGUUUCUUGAGAUAUUAUCCGUGAUAAAUAUCGAUAAAAAUUCAUCUUCCGAUUGCGAUAAAGAAGUCCAUUGGGCUGUCGACGAAUGUGAGUUUGAUCUCGCAAGGAAACUGAUCGACCGUAUUCUAAUUAAACUGCAAGGUAAUUCGCAAAUUAAAAAACGAAUUCAACUUUUUAAAUAUUUAUUUGUAAAGGGUGUCAAUGCAGAAAUUUUUUCUCAAAAUGAACCGUUGAUUCAAAUUGCAUGCAAAAAAUGGGAAGAAAUAAUUCAAUAUCUUAUCUACGGAAUUCCUACUGAUUACAGUAGUGCAUUUUGUAACGUUACAUUUUUACUCUCAGCUCUGUUUAAUAAUCACGUCGAAUUAGCUAAAUAUUUAAUCGAUAAAUACGGCGAGGUAAACGAAGCUUGGUGUGAUGUAAAACCAUUGCAAGUAGCCAUAAUAAAUAAUAGAGUUGAAAUCGCUAAAUAUUUGAUAGAUAAAGGUGCUAAUUUAAAUUGUCUCUGGCGAGAUAUAACUCCAUUACAUCUCGGUAUUUUGUUCGGAAGGAAUGAAAUUGCUGAAUAUAUUAUAGAAAAAGGCGCUGAUUUAAAUGCUGUCUGGCGCGGUACAACGCUACUAAAUCUUGCGAUUUUUUACGCUCGUAAUAGAAUUGCUAAGGAUUUGAUAGAUAAAAAUGCUAAUCUGAAUGUUAUUAGUCAUGGGAUUUCUUCAUUACGUUUAGCAAUGUGUAAAAAAAACGAAGAAAUAGCCGAGUAUCUAAUUGAAAACGGCGCUAAUCUCGAUGAGAUUUGUCAAGAAAAUAUUUCUUCAAAUUUGGACGUUGAAUUCCAACAAAAUGAAGUUGUUAAAUUUUUAUUAAGAUACUCUUGCUAUAGUUGUAUUAAAAUUAACGAUUUGGAAAGUAAAAAAAAAACUACGCUUUUACAUUUAGCUCUCAAAAGUGAUGAUGAAAAUUUUAUUAAUUGCUUGCUAAAUGCAGGAUUCGAUGUCAAUAAAGAAGAUUCAGAUGGAAAAGUAGCGAUAAAUUAUACUAUUGAGUAUCUUGAGGAGUACCACAGAUUAGAUUGUGUGGAAUUGAUUGAAGAACAUGUCAUAAAAUUGUUAGCUGCUGAGUUUUAUGUUUCUGACAAGAAUAAAAAUUUUAGUAGAGAUUAUGACUCACUGUAUUAUGAGUGUCUUGAAGAAGUUAAAAUUUUGAAAGAGGGAUCUUUGACUUCUACGCUGACUUUUUAUGACUUAUUGCAUAGACCAAUUAAUGAGUCUACUAGAAAACUUAGAAUUUGGUUUAAAAAUAGUCGCAAUGAUGAACAAGUUGAUUUUAAUUAUAUUAAACUGGUAUUUCCGUUGUAUAGAGGGAUUAUUAAUUUUCGAUUGAAAAAAGUUUUGAAAAGAGCGGAAUUGAUGGUUAAAUUAAAUAAAUUUGUUUGUUAUCUUUCUUGUAAUUUAUACCUGGAAGCAAAUCUUGUAAGAGAUAUUUUUGAAUAUUUGUCUAAUGUUGAGUUGAAAGUUAUUUACAAUAAUUUAUAA